AACUUGUUUACAGAGACAGUUAAGCAUUUUUUUCUUAUUUUAUUUUCUUCUUCCUGGUUACUUAUGAAAGGCUUUUAUAUCAUAAUUAUGCUCUUUUUUUGCCUAUAUGUACAAAAUGUAUUAAAAGGUGAAAAAUAUACACGUAGUCAUGUCAUUUGGACGUGUAAAAGUAUAUAAAUGAGCUAAAAAGUGAUGUUUUGAAGGCUGAAAGGAGAGAGUGGUCCGGUCCGCGCAGGCGCAGCUCCGCUCCGUGUUUUGCGGCCGCCCCCGCGCCUCGGUAAAAUGGCUGUAUGUAGCGGAGCCUCGUGUUGGUUGGGUUAGCUCCCUGCCUCUACCCGGGCUCAGUAACACAACUCCCACAACAAUUUCUGUCGCUUCCUCACGCAUUGUAUGGAUCUUCCAUCACCUCUCUAACCCAUUUGCGGAGCCGGAACCGAAGGAUGGCAGCCGGAUUCGGCUAGAAUAAGUGUUGGGAAUGAAUCGACACAAGGAUUAAUGGUUCUGAAGAAUUAUUUAUAUUCAAUGCUAGCGUUUGAUUGUGACUGACUCGCCGAGAGAGGGAGAGAGAGGUGGCGGGGGGGUAUAUCAUGGCCGCUCAGGUCGCCAGCGCCGCCACUCUUAACACUAGCCCGCCUUCUGAACUGAAAAAGCCGGAUCGAGACCAAAAGGAAGCGACGGGGGAGAAACAGUCCGAUAAAAAGCAGCCGGGGUUGGACAGCGGAUCGCCGGGCCGUGGGGAUCUGCAGGACGGGGCCGACGGUGGAAAUGCUGGGGGAGGAGGGGAGCCUGAGAUGAAGAACGGGAAUGGGAACCCGCCCAGAGCCAUCAAUAAUAACCAGAAUGACUCCGUCGAACCGGAGGGAAACAACCACCCUGGACUGGUGCAUCACCACGGCCCCACAUUUCCUCCUCCUUCGUACUCGUACAGUCAGCAUUACGGUCGGGCCCCUUUUCAUCAACAUGGCGGACAACAAAGCCCUGGCAUGGCAGCUGCUGCGGGUCCGGUCGUGCAGUCGAGCAACAUGAUGGACCCAUAUCAACCCAAUUCACACGAGCAUGGCUUUUCGAACCACCAGUUCAACAACUACAACCCAUUCCCGAACAGAACUCCGUACACAGGCCAAGGAUACGCCAUGAACUCUCCUCGCAGCGCUCAGGCGCCGACAGCUGGGGGGCAGCCAGCUAAGCAGCAGCCUACACCGGGAGGACCCACGGUAAUGCCUGGAUCUUACAGUAAUCAGAGAUAUAAUAUCGGGAACCCGCAACCUACAUCUACGCCGACACUCAACAAACUCUUGACCUCCCCGAGUUCAACGCGGGGAUAUCCAAACUACCCUUCAAGCGACUACGGUAGCCAAGAAGGAGCUAAUAAGGGACCAGCAGACAUGAGCAGUAGCGGUCAGUACGGAGGCAGCAAUCCGGCUUGGCAACAAAGAAGCCUUCACCCGUCGCCUUUGAGCCCGGGGAGUGCCGGACAACCGCUAGCGAGAAACCAGCCACCUGGUCCCAUGGAUCCAAUGGGAAAAAUGAGAGGUCAGCCAUAUGGACCAGGCAGUCCGUACAGUCAACAGUCACAGCAGGCUCAUCCUACAGGUACUCAGCCUGGGCCGGGGUAUUCUGGCCAAGGUUAUGGGCCACCAGGUCCCCAGCGAUACCCAGUUGGGAUGCAAGGGCGCACCACAGGUGGCAUGGGUGCCAUGCCUUAUGGUCCACAGAUGGGUUCCUACGGACAGCAGGGGCCUGGAGGAUAUGGUUCUCAGGGCCAGGCACCGUAUUACAGCCAGCCGGGGCAGACUUCCCACCCAAGUCAGCAACAAACCCCCUACGCCCAGCCAACGCCCGGACAACCCGGCGGACAGUCACCGUACCCGGGGCAGCCCCAUCCUCCGCCAACUUCUGUUCCACACAGCCAAGGAGGAUCUCCCUAUCAGCAACCACACAUGCCCCAACAGUCCCAGGGGCCACUGCCAGGCCAGUCCCAAGGGCUCCCACAGUCUCAGCCACCGUAUUCUCAAGGAUCAGCACCACAGUCUAGCCAGUCUCCGUAUGCCCAGCAACAAGGGCCGCCCAGUCAGAACCCCCAGCAGCCAAGUUCCAAGGGUACCCCUGGAUCGCAAGCCCAACCGAACUAUCCAGGACCCACGCCGGGGGCCCAGCAACCCCCCCAGCAGCAGCAGCAGUCACAGUCUCAUCCACAGCAGACUCCAGGACACGGGCAGCAUCCACAGGGGCAGCCUGCGGCGUACCCACAGAACACUCAGCAGCAGCAGCAAGCACAGCAGUCACCUUAUCAGCGCUUUCCUCCGUCUCAGCAGCAGGAUGUAUCGCAGGACUCCUUUCAGUCCAGCGCCCCUCCAUCCACGCAGCCUAAAUCUGGCCAGGAGGACAGUCAAGGCCGACCCUCCAGCCUCCCAGAUCUGGCGGGGUCCAUCGAUGACCUACCGACAGGUACAGAGGGUGCUCUGAGCCCUGGCAUGAGUACAUCCGGCGUGUCGAGCAGUCAGGGCGAGCAAAGCAACCCCGCCCAGUCGCCCUUUUCGCCUCAUACGUCUCCACACCUGCCAGGGAUUCGAGGGCCCUCGCCAUCCCCCGCUGGCUCCCCUGCUAGCGCUGGCACGCCACGCACGGGGCCACUGUCGCCCGCCAACAUGCCAGGACCCCAGAUGCCUCCCAGACCAUCGAGCGUGCAGUCGGAUGGGAACCUACACCCCGGCAUGAGCCAGUCCCCCAUGGCUCAGGACAGAGGAUUCAUGCAGAGGAACCCUCAGAUGCCCCCCUACGGCUCCCCCCAAUCCACCUCUGCACUGUCACCUCGCCAGUCCUCUGGAGGACAGAUGCAUCCUGGGAUGGCUCCAUAUCAGCAGAAUAACUCUAUGGGUGGCUAUGGCCAACAGGGAGGACAGUAUGGGCCUCAAGGAUAUCCUCGGCCGGGGUAUGGAAACAUGCCUAACGCCAACUACCCAGGACCGGGUAUGGGCUCCAUGAACCCCAUGGCAGGACAGGGUGGAGGGCCGCAGUAUGCCGGCAUUCCCCCGGGAAGGAUGACCUCCAAUCAGAUGGGAGCACGUCCGUAUGGCCCCAAUAUGGGUCCAAAUAUGGGUCCCGGCAUGGGUCCAAAUAUGCCUCAUAACAUGGGCAACAUGCCACCGCAGGUAGGCUCAGGAAUGUGCCCUCCACCAGGAAUGAAUAGAAAGCCCCAGGACCCCACAGCCAUGUCGCACCCUGCCGCUAACUCCAUGCACAACAGGAUGCCCGGUUACCCCAACAUGAGUCAAGGGAUGAUGGGCUCCGGUCCUCCCUACGCCCCUCAGAUGAACAACAUGCCUGGAAUGAUGAACACUCCGGGUGGAUCUCCUUAUCCUAUGGGGCCAAACAUGGUCAACAAUGCUAGUGGAAUGGCUGCCAGUCCAGAAAUGAAUAAUAAGAUGAACAAUAAAGUGGACGGGAGUGGAACCCCCAAACCAGACACCAAGUCAAAGAAGUCCAACUCCUCCACGACAACCAGUGAAAACAUAACCCGCUUAUAUGAACUGGGACCAGAGCCGGACAGAAAAAUCUGGGUCGACCGCUACUUGGCUUUUGUUGAAGAAAAAGCAAUGGGCAUGAGUAACCUGCCCGCCGUGGGACGCAAACCCCUCGACCUUUUUCGGCUGUACAUGUCCGUUAAAGAGAUCGGAGGAAUGACGCAGGUGAACAAGAGUAAGAAAUGGCGAGAUCUGGCCACGGCGUUAAACGUGGGAACGUCCAGCAGUGCUGCCAGCUCCUUGAAAAAACAGUACAUCCAGUGUCUUUAUGCUUUCGAGUGCAAAGUUGAGCGCGGUGAAGACCCUCCCCCUGAGAUCUUUUCAGACAACAAAAAGAGUCAAGCGGCGAAGGUCCAGCCCCCAUCUCCAGCGUCCCUCUGCUCCACAGCUGGAUCAGGCUCCCUUCAGGGUCCUCAGACUCCACAGUCUACCAGCAGCUCCAUGGCUGAAGGGGGGGAUCUAAAGCCCCCCACCCCGGUCUCGACUCCUCUCGGCCAGAUGAGCGCCAUACCUCCUGGAUCGAGGAGCAGCGUUAACCUCCAAGACCCUUUCUCUGAUGGAAGUGACCCCAGCUUUCCCAGGAAGAACAUGAUGCCCAACUCCACCUAUCAGUCUGGCAUGAACACCCCGGAUAUGCAAGCUCGCAUGGGCUCCUACGAACCCAACAAAGACCCUUUCAGUAACAUGCGGAAAGUCGGGGAGCAGUUUCUACCUGCCAACCAGGGCCCGAACAGCGUUGUGGGUGACCAGCAUCAGCAGCCCCCGCAGCAGCAGCCUCCAUUCAACCGGGGGCCGCCUGGGAACAUGGGCAGCAUGCCAAUGGGGCCCCGGCAGCAGUAUCCUUAUGGACCAGGAUAUGACCGGAGAUCCGAACCAGGAUUGGGCCCAGAGGGCAGCAUGGGAUCCGGAGCCCCUCAGCCAAACCCAAUGAUGCCUGCCAACGCCGACACGGGGAUGUAUUCGCCAAAUCGCUUCCCGCCACAGCAGCCACGGCAUGAUUCCUAUGGUAAUCAGUAUCCAGGACAGGGAACGCCCUCUACUGGCUCCUACCCAAACCAGCAGCCUGGAAUGUACCCACAACAGGGCUAUAAGCGUCCUGUGGAGGGAGGUUACCCCCCAUCGAAACGUCAUGAGGCAGAUUACAGCGGGCCCUUCCCCGGAGGACAGCAAGCAGCUCCGCAGCAGCAGCAAGGAGGUGCCCCGGCACCCCCUUCAGGACAGCAGGAGUCGUACAAUCAAUAUGGGGGCAGCGGGCCCUAUCCCGGCCCUGACCGCCGUCCACCGCCCCCCGGUAAUCAGUUCCCGUUUCCCUUUGGCCGGGACCGGAUGCAGGGAGCCGCCGGACCCAACGCUCAGCCCAACAUGCCGCCCCAGAUAAUGCCGUCGGGCCCGGAAGGUCCCCAGGGCGGCAUGUGGCAGGGACCUCGAGAUCUCAAUUAUCAGAACUAUCCCAACCGGCAGGGCGGUCCCGGGGGCCCACCGCAGGGACCCGGUUACCCUGGCAUGAACCGCUCGGAGGAUAUGAUGCCUUCGGAGCAGCGGAUGAAUAGUGACGGGCAGUGGGGCGGCCAGAUGGGCCCUCGGCAGCCUCCCUACGGUCCGGCAGGGCCGGGACAGCCCAUGCCGCGGUCGGUGCAGUCCAACUAUCAACCCCCUCAGGGAGUGCAGAACCACAUUCCACAGGUGUCCAACACGGCCACCAUGCCGCGGCCCAUCGAGAACCGGACGUCGCCCAGCAAAUCCCCCUACAUGCAUGGAGGGAUGAAGAUGCACAAGGCCGGCCCCCCGGUGCCUGCAUCCCACAUCGUCCCCUCCGCGGUGCAGUCGCCGCUCAUAAGACGGGACAUGCCUUUCCCGCCCGGCUCGAUCGAAGCGUCACAUCCUGUCCUGAAACCUCGACGGAGACUCACCAUGAAGGAAAUCGGAACCCCCGAGGCCUGGAGAGUGAUGAUGUCCUUAAAGUCUGGUUUACUGGCUGAAAGCACGUGGGCCUUAGACACCAUCAACAUCCUCUUGUACGACGACAACAGUAUUUCCACUUUCGACCUGAACACGUUGCCCGGCCUGUUGGAGUUGGUGGUCGAGUAUUACAGACGCUGCCUCAUCGAAAUCUUUGGCAUUCUGCGGGAGUACGAAGUUGGAGAGCCCGGCCAAAGGACGCUGCUUGACCCCGAUGCCUUAAAACGAGACCUGGACAACACGGACAAGGAGGAACUCCAGGAGGAGCACAUGGAACAAGAGGGGGAAGAAGAGGAGGAUGAGGAGGAGACGGAAACGAACCGACCCGCUCAAGUCAAAGAAGAAGAUCAAAAGCACUGCUCUCAGGAGGACAAGACAGAAGAUCACGAGAAGAAGAGCAAAAGUUCUUUGCAGUCUUUAUCCGCUCACGAGAGACCCAAGCAGUCCAGUAAGUUUGACAAGUUUCCUCUGAAGGUGGUACGAAGAAAAGACCCGUUUGUCGCGGCUCAGUCCAACAAUCACGGCAAAGUGCAGGAGUUUGACAGCGGCCUGCUUCACUGGAGCGCCGGAGGAGGAGACUCAACAGAACACAUCCAGACCCACUUUGAGCCUCGCAAGCAGUUCCUGGAACAGCGGCAGCGCUUUCCCGUACCCCAAGUUUUACUGAAGCGCCGAUUGUUAGAGGAGGAGAUCCGGGAAAACGGUUUGCCCGCCGAGGAGGAUGACGGGAAGCAGCAGGAGAAAGAGGAAGAGGAAAGUGAGAAACCUGCGUCUUUGUCAGAGAAAUCAAUGGUUAUGGAGAAGUCGGAGAACAGCGAGGAGGACGGGAAAGCGGAUCCGGAAGAAAAGGCUGUGGAGAAAUGUGUGAGGAGUCAGCAGGAAAACCACAGACCCAUUCUGCCCCCCGAAAGUAUUUUAACCCAGCGCUCCAAGCAGUCUGUCACCAUCUUGGAGGACGAGCCUCACAGUAAAGACGAGGGCCCGCUCAUCGCGCUGGCCGACUGGCAGGAUUCGCUGGCUCGCCGCUGCGUCUGCGUCUCCAACAUCGUCCGCAGCCUCUCCUUCGUCCCAGGAAACGACCACGAGAUGUCCAAACACCCGGGCUUGCUGCUGAUUCUCGGGCGCCUCAUCCUGCUCCACCACCGGCACCCGGAGCGCAAGCAGGCCCCGCUCACCUAUGAAAAAGACGAGGAUUCGGACGAGGGGGUGGGCCAGAGGGACGAGUGGUGGUGGGACUGUUUAGAGCUCCUGAGGGAGAAUACGUUGGUCACCUUGGCAAACAUUUCAGGUCAGCUGGAUCUCUCCAUUUACCCUGAGAGCAUCUGCUUGCCCCUGCUGGAUGGUCUUCUCCACUGGGCUGUGUGCCCGUCGGCGGAGGCCCAGGACCCCUUCCCCACCCUGGGCCCCCACAGCGCUUUGUCUCCCCAGAGACUGGUCCUGGAGACCCUAAGCAAACUCAGCAUCCAGGACAACAACGUGGACCUCAUCCUGGCCACCCCGCCGUUCAGCCGGUUGGAAAAGCUAUUCGGGAACUUGGUGCGGUUAAUCGGAGACAGGAAGGUGGCGGUCUGCAGGGAGAUGGCCGUGGUCCUGCUGGCCAACCUGGCCCAGGGUGACACGAUGGCGGCGCGAGCGGUCGCCGUGCAGAAAGGCAGUGUGGGUAACCUCCUGGGCUUCCUGGAGGACAGCCUGGCCGCCACGCAGCUCCAGCACAGCCAGAGCUCUCUGCUGCACCUGCAGGGGAUGCACUUCGAGCCCACCAGCCCGGACAUGAUGCGGCGAGCCGCCCGGGCGCUGCACGCCUUAGCCAAGGUGGAGGAGAACCACUCGGAGUUCACACUACACGAGUCCAGACUCCUCGACCUGUCCGUGUCCCCCCUCAUGAACUCACUGGUUUCUCAUGUUAUCUGUGAUGUACUCUUUUUGAUCGGCCAGUCAUGACAGCUGUAGGGAGCCAUGGCUCCACUUUUUAUGGUGGGGGGGUUUGGGCCCCAACCCCUCCUCUCCCUGAUAAACUUGGCUUACAUGUGGUAAAAGGACACUGAGAGUUCACCAGACUUUCUUUAAUUUAUGAGAACUUUUCAGAAAAUCCUGUGAGCCCCCCCCAACAGGCCUGCCUAAUCAAGGAGCUGUGCUGUCGAGCGAACCAGAGAGACGAGGCAAAGUGACACUACUCGUAACGUGAACGCCCACAGGAGGACCGAGGAGAGCACCGCGGUCGGGGGGAGGACUGUUCUGCUCUUUUACUGGGGGGGUAGGGAGUGUGUGUGGGGGGAGUUACCUUUUAAUAAAGAUAAAUAAAUAAAUAAAUAGCUGAAAAACAAAAACUGUAACCAAAGUUGCUGUCUCGUUUACAGUGAGUUUGGGAGACACAGCGUGCCCUCUGCCCCCUCCAGGGCACAGCGAGUCCGUCACUUGACGUUCAGAGGUGAGGCGGGCGGCAGAAGCCCGGCCCGCCGGUUCCUAGCUGUUACAGCCGGACCCUCACCAGUCGGCCCGACAGUGUUCUGUCAAUAAACACCUUCACCGGGGAGGCCUGUGCAGUGUGCAGUAGAUUGUAGGACAUUUUCUGUACCGUACUGCUCUUGAGUGUAAGCAUUCUGUAUCGCAUCUUUCACACAGAAGCGGAUUUUUAGUAUGGUGUUGGACGGAAACGGCUUUCUUCCCCAAAGUAUCAAGAACCUACAACACCCUUACCUCCUCCUAUCCCUUGAUUGUAUGAAACCCCCCCUCCCUCCUUAUGAAAAGAAAAUCACCUCUUAGGAUUGGUUUUAACUUCAAAUACAGCUUUGCUGUGGUGUAUAUAUAAUGCUGUACAUUAUACUUCCUUUCUGUGUCUGUCUCUGUCUGUGUCACGUUCUCACACUUCUUCUGGGUGUGGGGUUUGGUGGUUGAUGUGAGUUUGACUUCCACUCCCCACCGGUCAGACCCACUCCUCUGGUCUCUCCACAGCUCUGUAGUCACGGCAGACACGGCUCAAACCUUAUCUCCUGGUAUACAAAGAAAAGACAAAAAAAAAAGCGAGAUGAAGUACACAUUUGACAAAUUUUUCUCCACUCAUGGAUUCUGCAUAUUUGUAUUUCAGACUAUGUAGCUAAGACGACAUGUAAAUUUCUCCCUUUUCCUUUUUUUUUUGUUUGUUUUUUUUUUGGCUCAAGGAAUAUCAUUUAUUCAGUAUGAAAUCUUUAUACUAUAUGUUCCACGUGGUAAGAAUAAAUGUACAUCAAAUCUUCGUAA